GUUGUUAUGGAGCAAAUACGCUCCAACACGAGAGUAAAGCGGAAAAAUCCCCGGACUGCUUUCCCAAAUGACAAUAAUGAAGGUUUAGAGUCUUCAGACUUGCUGACUUCAAGACAGCUAGACGAAUCUACCGUUUUAAGGUCAAAUUCCUCGCUCGCGCUUUGUUUUCUUUAUAUGCGAUCCCGAUCUUGUUUUCUACACUAACUAUCAUAACAUUUGGUGGUUUUGUCGCAUAUAGCAGUGUGCAAAAAAGACUCGAACGGGGAGAGAAAGUUGAUAUUUUAUGAGAAAGAGUGGCAUAUUAAUACCAUAUGGUCCUGAUAUGGACUUCAUAAUCAGGAUUAUAUGGCUACCUCUACAUGCCUCUUGUUCAAGUACCAGAUUGUGCAAUGCAUUGUGAUUUUCAUGACGCACCAAUCUAAUGGUUCUACGUGGUGCUACGCUUGCAAUUCCGCACAGGACAUCAAAUGCUAUGACCCCGCGAAUGCAUUUUACAGCGCUCCGGAUGAUUUGGUCGCAUUUGUAUCGAAUUCAAGUAGCAAGUUUAGCGGAGUAUUUUCGUUCACUUCCUCAAGCUAUCUCAAAACUAGCGCCAACGGCAGUCAGACUAUGCAGUUUGUCGAAACGGGAACCAAGAUGGAUUAUUGUACCAAUCACACGUACUCUAGGUGGCACAAAAGCAGCAACCAAUCGGGCUCCAGUUUUUUGAACUUCACAAGCUGCCGUUAUCGGCCAGCAGGUCUUCGGCUAGUGAACUGUGAUACACUUCUAGCGGAUCAACCAGGCACCAAGCAGUGUUUCAAGAUCAAGCAAAUUGCUGGAAUGAGGAACACGGAAACCGUGGAGAAUAUCAUUCGUACGUGCAUAUCCAGGCCAGUAGAAGUGGCUAACGACACCUGUCAACGAACAGUCAGUCUUGAUGGGAAAACGGAAACAGUGUGGUGCACCUGUUCAGAUACAUUGUGUAAUUCGGCGUCCACAAUUAAAUGUAAAAGCAUGGGGCCGACAACUUGUUUCAUGUUAUUUUUUGGCUUAUUAGUUUGUUUCCUAGUUUACCUGGCCAAGUAAACUUUCUGUUUUCUGUACCUAUAAUUAAUAACAAAUUAAUUCAAUAAACAGUACAACUGUAAAAUCAGGGGAAAGGCUACACGGCUACACGCUGUGAAAAAUACGACAAUAAAGCGUC